AUGUCUGAUCCCGUAGAACUAUUACAGAGAGCUGAGAAGAAAGGUGUUCCAUCUUCUGGAUUUAUGAAGAUAUUUGGAAGUUCAGAUUCAUAUAAAUUUGAAGAAGCAGCAGAUCUUUGUAUCCAGGCUGCUAAUUUAUACAAAUUACGUAAAGAAUUGAAGUUAGCAGGUGACGCCUUUGUAAAAGCUGCAGUGUUCCAAAUCAAAGCAGGUAAUGACGAUGAAGCUUCUAAUAUUUACACAGAUGCAUACAAAUCAUACAAGAGUAGUGGAGACGCUACAGAGGCCACAGAAGCAUUAGUAUGUGCUGUUGAUUUGUUUACUAAGAAAGGGCAAUUUAGAAGAGCUGCAAACUUUAAAUUUGAACUUGGUGAAAUGUACGAACAAGAUUUAAGUGAUUUCAAGAAAGCAAUUGAUUGUUUUGAGACCGCUGCUGAAUGGUAUUCUCAAGAUCAAGCCAUUGCAUUGGCCAACAAAUGUUGGGUUAGAUGUGCAGAUUUGAAAGCAAUGGAUAACCAAUAUAUUGAUGCCAGUAACGUUUUUGCUAAAUUGAUUAAAAAUAGUAUCGGUAAUAGAUUAAGCCAGUGGUCUCUAAAGGAAUACUACCUGAAGAAAGGUCUAUGUGAGUUAGCUGCCACAGAUGCUGUUGCUGCUGAUAGAACAUUAAAAGAAGGACAACAUGAAGAUCCAAAUUUUGUAGAUUCUAGAGAGGCUAUAUUACUACAAAACUUAAUUGAAUGCACCAAUGAAAAUGAUGCUGAAAGGUUAGGACAAUGUGUGUUUGAUUUUGAUAAAUUCAACAAAUUAGAUAAGUGGAAGACUACUAUUCUACUAAAAAUAAAAGAAAAUAUAACGGAGGCUGAAGAUGACUUGUUAUAA